CGGAGGACAGGGCCAUUCCACCCCUCUUAGCACACGUUGUAGAUAUUUUCAUCGCUUUGCCGCGGUUAUAGCUCCAUGUCAAAUGUCUGACCACGGCAAAUGGUAUUCUUCAAGAGAGAGCCCUGCAGCGCUGUGAUACGUAGUUCUAUCUACGUAAAUAAACUCAGAAUUGCCGUGUCUCCUCUGUCAUGCGCAAUGUUGCGUUACACUGCUGCCAUGUUGGAGAGAGCUGUCGAUGUUGGUGUCUGAGUUGCGAUGAAAGUUUAGAUUUCUGAUUCAGUGCGACACCGGAGCUACCUGGCCUUUUUCGGAAGUCGAAGGGACGUCUGCGCUAUCUUCCAGACAUCAUUGGGAAGCCAAGGAUUUACGUUCAUCUCGCUUCGUCCGCAACAAACCUGCACCCAUGAGAGGGUCCGGUUGCAGGCCACGGUGAUCAAUGACUGUCUAGCCCUAAAAUUCUCUUUUUGAGUUAGCAUUAUUUUGUUUUUGACUGACAAUUCAACAUGAGUGGUCAUCCGCCGCCUCGGCGGCCACCAAAUGUCGGAUCCAUACUCCUCACCCCACAAGAAAACGAGGUUCUCUUCAAUCAUCUGGGGAGGAAAUGCAGCACUCUGGCGUCGGGCGUGGUACAGGUGUACGGGGGCGAGAGGAAUGGCUGGUCGAAGCGCUGCUGCGGCGUGGCCUGCCUGGUCAAGGACAACCCCCUGAGGUCCUACUUCAUACGCGUCCUCGAUAUCAAGGAGGGCAAGACCUUAUAUGAGCAGGAGCUCUACAAUAACUUUGCCGUCACACCUUCCAGGAUCUACUUCCUCACGUUCCCUGGAGACACAUGCCAGAUUGGCCUGAACUUUGCCAGUGAAGAGGAGGCCAAGCGCUUCCGACACGCCACCACAGACCUGCUGUCGAGACGGCAAAGGAAAACCGAGAAGAGACGCGACCCACCAAAUGGUCCCGCUUUGCCCAUGGCCACCGUGGACAUCAAGAACCCGGAGAUCAACAACGUGACGCGUUUCCAUAACAACUCGCAGAUGAACAACAUUGUGCACAGCAACUUCAACAAGAAGGAGAAGAAGGCAAAGGGAAAACGGAAGAAGCUGACCAAGGCCGACAUCGGCACGCCAAGCAACUUCCAGCACAUUGGACAUGUGGGCUGGGACCCAAACACAGGCUUUGAUUUGAACAACCUGGACCCGGAGCUGAAGAACCUGUUUGACAUGUGCGGCAUCUCGGAGGCCCAGCUGAAGGACAAGGAGACCUCCAAGGUCAUCUACGACUUCAUCGAGAAGAAGGGCGGCGUGGAGGCCGUCAAAAACGAACUGCGCAGACAAGCACCCCCUCCGCCCCCCUCACGUGGAGGCCCCCCUCCUCCUCCUCCUCCUUCCCACCACCACCGCGGCGCUCCCCCGCCACCUCCCCCCCCAGCACGAGGCCGCGGCGCCCCGCCACCCCCGCCCCCUUCCCGCACCCCGUUCCGCACCCCUCUGCCACCGCCACCCUCCAGACCGGGCGUCGGCGCACCGCCCCCACCCCCACCCCCCUCCAGGGGACCCUUACCACCCCCACCUCCCCAGCCUGCCCACGCCUCCAUCGCCCCACCCGGGCCUCCUCCUCCCCCACCUCCCUCCUCAGCCUCCUCCUCUCCUUCCAUGGGUGGUGGUGGUGGUGGUGGCGGCGGUGGUGGCGGUGUGGCACCUCCUCCUCCACCACCUCCACCCCCUCCGCCGGGACCCCCGCCCCCUGGCCCGCCGCCGCUGCCUGAGAACGGGAGUGGCGACGGCCCCCUGAUGCCUUCGCCCAUGGCGGGCAAGUCGGCGCUGCUGGACCAGAUCCGCGGGGGCACGCAGCUGAAGAAGGUGGAGGCCAACGCCAACAAGCCGCCCGCCACCGGCGUGGGCCGCGACGCGCUGCUUGACCAGAUACGGCAGGGCAUCCAGCUCAAGACGGUGUCGGACAGCCAGGACUCUGGCCCGCCCACCCCGGCCCCCUCCGCGGGCAUCGUGGGAGCCCUAAUGGAGGUCAUGCAGAAGAGGAGCAAGGCCAUCCACUCUUCAGAUGAAGAUGAUGAUGAUGAUGAAGACGAAGACUUUGAUGAUGAUGAGGAAUGGGAGGACUAGUGAACCCACCAACCCCCUCCUCUUCCUCCCUUCCUCUCUUCCUCAUCCCACAAUCCACCUCUUUCCCCUAUCCCAAAAUAAUAAUGACACUAGAUUGCUCCUGUCCUUCUAAAAAAAAAAAAAUCUUAUUCAAAAUUAUAAUGUAAAUGUUCUAUCUUUUUUUUUCUUCUGUAUAUUUUUGUUGCCUUCAAGCUUUUUUUUUUAUCAUUAAUCUGUGCAAUACCUCAUAAUCUGUAAAGGUUUGUCAUCCUCUGUAAAGUUUUGUUUUUGUUUUGUUUUCUUAUAUUAACGUGCAAUUUUACAUCAAGUUCUUGAUUUGUAGAGUUGAUUUUUGUUUUGUGUUUUCUUCGUCGGUAAUGUAAGGGAGAACUAUGAAUCAGAGCUGACGGGAACCUUUAAAUGUCAUAACGUCAGUCAAAAAGUGAGAACACUAUUUUCAUACCUUUUAUUCUUCUUUACUCAAAGGUUCCUUUUUUUCUUAUCAAGAUCUAGUUUAGCACUAUUAUUUUUCUCGAGAAAUCAGCUCUUUUGGAAUAUCCAGGCCCAUUGCUGUUGAUGAAUUGAUUUUGUAAAUUUACUCAAGAGUAUGAGUCUGUUAUAUUUUUGCACGAAUUGAGAAGAUUUAAAAAAAGAAAAGAAAAAGAAACGAUACAAAAAAUAAAAAAACGCUAGAUAACAAACAAGAUAUCCACUACAUAGGAACAGGGCAAUAUCCGUAAUAUAUGUAAAAACAACAGCUAACUGUUCUUUUGGACAGCCUUUAAAAAAAUCACUACACUAAAGAACAAAAAUGACAAAAAAAGACCUAAUGCAACACUAUGGCAUACAUUUAGGCCGUGACCUUACCUCCCCUUGGUGCAGAGUUUUCAGUUUUCUUUCUGUUUAUUUUUGGUUUAUGGUUUUUGUUUCUGUACUUCCUGGCAAUUUUUUUUUUUAAUUCUGAACGCAUAUUGUAUCGUCAAUGUCGUCUUCUAUACCGCACUCCCCCACCCCCCUUCAAAAAACACAGAUGCAUUUUGGGUCGUCGACUCGGCACUCUAAUCAGGACAGCAUUCCGAAAACGGAAUGACGUACCUGCGAUUUAUUUUUUCGUUUUCGUUCUACCAGUUUUUUUGUUUGAUUUUUAUUUUCUGUUUGUUUUUUUAAUCAUGCCAACCUGCUACAUUGUUACUUUUAGUAUCUGAAUCACUUGACUAAUGGCCACUGCUUAUAAACACUAGAUUAACCCUUUCAUUCCCCCUAUGGGGCUCUAUAUAAAGCUUGGGGCCAUAUAGCUUGAUUCAACGAUGUAACAUUGCAGGGACGUGGCUACUGACAGACUAUGGGAACACUAGUAGCGACAAAUGCAGAAUGAUUUAUGUUUUUGUUUGUUUGUUUUUUUAAGCAGAGCUGUUUGUUGUCCGAGUUUUAUUAUCAAGUUCUCUUUCAGUUGGUCUUCAACAGGAAAUAGCUUUGCAUUAAGAAACCACACAGACAUCAGACUUUCAAACAUAGGUUGAGGUUUGAGUCGUACACUCAAAUAAAAUGUUAAUAUUUACA